CCCCCCCACCACCCCCGCGCUUGUUUUGUCUUUGCUUAUUAAAAAGAACAAAACAAAAAUGUGCUGUAAUUCUUUAAAAAAUAGAGAAUAGAGAACCUUCCAGCCCUGGUUUAAACCAUGACAUCAGUAAACUAGAGUUUGGAUUUAGAAUAAUAAUAAAAAAAAAUUAAAGCAAAAAAACAAACAAACAGUAAUUUAAGCAGUUAAACGAAAUAAAAUAAAUAAAAUAAAUAAAUAUUCUCAAAAAUACAGGCAGGAUUAGGGUCAGUGUCAGGGUUUAGGGUCAGGGCUUAUGGUUAUGGUUAGGGUCAGGAUUUAGGGCUUUUCCUCAACAUUGGCAUGACAUUACAAAGAACACAAAAGGAAAUAAACGGCAGGUGGAAAUGAUGCUGGUGAAGUGUGUUACAUUUUGUUCACGCUCAGUACAGGGACGUGAGCGUUCUCAGAUGUUUCAGUUUGUUAGUGUAAUUUCUAAGCCAUCCAAAAAAGCAGGUUAUAGCUCUAUCAUGCAAAGAAAAGAAGCCAUAUGUGAGCAUGAUCCAGAAUCACAGCCGUCUUUUCUAGACCAAAGCUCAAUUAAAAACGUACUAAGGCAAAGUAGAAAACUGUUCUGUGUUCAGAAGAAUUAAAAUCAGACUAAAGAUGAGAAGGACCAUUUGUCAGCACUGUGUUCAGAAGCCUGCAUCUCUGAUGGUAUGAGCUGCACUGAUGCCUAUUUAAUAGCUUGCACAUCUGAAAAAAACCAACAGUUUUUAAAGUGACAUAUGAUUCCAUCCAGACGAUAUAUUUUUCAGGCAAGUCCUUGCAUAUUUCAGCAAGACACAAAAUUUUGUAUUUAAUUGAAAACUACUUUAUUGACCUAUUUAAUAUAUUUUCUCAACUCCUUCCACUCUUAAUAUUAGCCUGAUGCUAACCUGCACUAGAGGAAAAUUGUUAUUAAAUUAAAAUCACUGAAUGAAUCUGAAUGAAUCAUUUUAGUGAACUGAAUGAAAUGAUUCGAGUUGAACUGAAAUAAAGGUCAUGAGGGGUCUCUCUAAAUCUCCUCUAUUAAUAGCAGUGUUAAACUUGAGACCACCGCAGACCUUUCGCAGUGUUUUACUCUGGUGAGUUUCAUUUUAUUCUCAGUUUAGAGAGAAUUCUGAGUUUCAUUUUCAGCUGUGAAAGGAAGCGAUCAAUAACUGGACCUACAAAGUCAUGAAUUAACUUUAAACAGUCCUGAAAUCAGAUGCGAUUUACCAAAGUGAAACUCUAAAGCUCGGACUGGAGAGAGGAACAACAGCUGUGAAAUAAAAUGGCUUCAGUGUUUUCAGAGGAGGAUUUGUCCUGUCCUGUGUGCUGUGAAAUCUUUAACGAUCCUGUUCUCCUGCACUGCAGUCACAGUGUGUGUAAAGUGUGUUUGCAGAAGUUCUGGAAAACCAAAGGAUAUAGAGAAUGUCCUGUUUGUAGGACUAAAUCCUCUAUAGAUCAUCCUCCCUCAAAUCUGGCCCUGAAGAACCUGUGUGAGACUUUAAUACAGAAGAAAAAUCCAAAAUCUUCAUCAGUCUGUGAAACGGUCUGCAGUCUGCACGGUGAGAAACUGAAACUCUUCUGUUUGGAUGAUCAACAGCCGGUGUGUGUGGUGUGUCGAGAUUCAAAAACACACACCAACCACAAAUUCUGCCCCGUUGAUGAGGCAGUUACAGACUGUGAGGAGGAGCUGAAAACUGCACUGAAGCCCCUACAGGAGAAACUGAAGAUCUUUGAAGACUGUAAACGAACCUGGAGUCAGACUGCAGAACAUAUAAAGAUUCAGGCCCAACACACAGAGCAGCAGAUUAAGGAGGAGUUUGAGAAGCUUCACCAGGUUCUUCGAGAUGAUGAAGCAGCCAGGAUAGCUGCACUGAGAGAGGAAGAGGAGCAGAAGAGUCUGAUGAUGAAGGAGAAGAUCGAGAAGCUGAGCAGAGACAUAUCAUCUCUUUCAGACACGAUCGGAGCCGUAAAAAAGGAGAUGAGAGCCAAAGACGUCUCGUUCUUACAGAACUACAAGACCACAGUGAAAAGAGCUCAGUGCACACUGCAGCAUCCGGAGGAGCUUUCAGGAGCGCUGAUCCAUGUGGCCAAACAUCUGGCCAACCUGAAGUUCAGAGUCUGGGAGAAGAUGCAGGACACAGUCCAGUACACACCUGUAACUCUGGACCCAAACACUGCUCAUCCCAACCUCAUUGUGUCUGAUGAUCUGACCAGUGUGAGAUUCGAUGAUGAGAAAGAGAACCUUCCUGAUAAUCCAGAGAGGUUUGAUGUCUUUCCAUGCAUCCUGGGCUCUGAGGGCUUUAAUUCAGGGACACACUGCUGGGACAUUCAAGUAGAAGACUGUAUAUGGUGGUUUGUGGGUGUGAUGACAGAAUCUGCUCAGAGGAAGGGAACUAUAUCCUCCAGAAGUGGAAUCUGGUAUGUGUGGUAUUAUGAAGGUAAAUAUGGAGCAGGAUCUACACCACAGCCGUCCACUCCCCUCUCAGUAACACACAAACUCCAGAGCAUCAGAUUGCAGCUGGACUGGGACGGAGGAAAGCUGUUGUUCUCUGACCCUCUCACUGGAACACACAUACACACUUUCACACACACAUUUACUGACAAAUUACUGCCGUUUCUGAAUGUACGUUGUAAAAAUUCUCCCAAACUCCUCCCAAUUCCAUUUUCUGUAAAAAUAAAUCAGAGCUGAAAUUCUUUUAUUCCAGUUCAUUAAUGAAAUAACGCUGAUGAAAAGAUUCCUGCUGUUUGCGAAAGUCAGUUUUUUUUUACACUUAACAGAUCAUUGUGGAAAAUUUUAUUGGAAUAUAUCAUUAUUUUGGCCCAAUAAACAGUGAUGGAUCAAUAUAAUUUGUUACUGUACUGAAGACAUGGGAGUC